AUGCAUGGCUACGACGCCGGCUCGAACCCUGACACGAUCGCCCGGCAUCUCAGCGUGCCGCUGACCGAGAUCCUGGGACAGCAGAUCGUCAUUGAGCCGCGGCCGGGAGCGGCCGAACGGCUGGCGGCCAGCCAGAUCGCGCGGAUGAAGCCCGAUGGCUACACGCUCUAUCUCAUGACGGGUGGGCAGGCGGUGGUCUCGGCGACCGACCGCAGCCUGAGCUACGAUCUGCUGAAGGACUUCGACUUCAUCUCGAUCGUCACACGCUUCCCCUUCGUGCUCACCGUCGCGCCGGAGUCGCGUUUCAAGACCCUCCAGGCCUAUAUCGAGGAAGGCAAGCGCGAGCCGGGCAAGCUGACCUACGGAACGUCGGGCGUCGGAUCGACGCUCCAUAUGGCCAUGGAGCUGAUCCUCGAGAAGACCGGCGCGAAGAUGACCCAUGUUCCCUACAAGGGUGGCAUCGGGCAACCCUUCAACGACCUCGUGGGAGGGCGGCUCGACAUGCACGUUGUGACCUUCUCGAACGCGCAGCCGCUCAUGAAGACCGACAAGCUGCGGGCGCUUGCCGUGACCUCGAAGGAGCGACAUCCGGGAUUCCCCGACGUGCCGACGGUCGCGGAGACGCGGCUGAUCGACGAUGCGGCGCGCGAGCUGGGCGUCGAUCGCGUCGAGCUGCGACGCAAGAACAUGCUCGACGAUUCGGCGCUGCCGUACCAGAGCCCGGUCGGUCCGUUCUACGAUUGCGGCGAGUUCCACAAGAACAUGGACAUGGCGCUGAAGCUCGCCGACGUGGCGGGGUAUGCGGCGCGAGCCGACGAGUCGAAGAAGCGCGGCAAGCUGCGGGGGCUCGGCAUCAUCAAUGCCAUCGAGCAGGCGGCCGGAACGGCGCAGCCGGAAUACGCCGAGAUCCGCUUCAAUCCGGCCGGCACGGCGGCGCUGCUGAUGGGCACCAAGGCGCAGGGGCAGGGUCAUGAGACCAUGUUCAAGCAGAUCCUGAACGAGCGCUUGGGCAUCGACCCGAACGACGUGCAGUUCAUCGACGGCGACACCGAUCGCGUGGCCUUCGGCAUGGGCACGAACGGCUCGCGCUCGACGGUGCUGGGCGGUUCGGCGCUGUUCAUGGCGGCAGGGAAGGUGAUCGAGAAGGGCAAACGGCUGGCGGGCCAUCUCCUCGAAGCGGGCGAGCAGGACAUCGAGUUUGCCGAGGGCAUCUUCAAGGUGAAGGGUACCGACAAGACGGUGACGCUGAAAGCGGUGGCGAUGGCAGCGUUCAAUCCGACCAAGUGGCCGAAGAGCGGCUUCGAGGGCGGUCUCUACGAGAACGCCACCUAUCUCGGCGAAAAGGACACCUAUCCCAACGGCUGUCACAUCUGCGAGGUCGAGAUCGAUCCCGACACCGGCGAGGUCAGGCUCGACCGCUAUGCCGUCGUCGAUGACGUCGGCACUGUGAUGAACCCGACCGGCCUCAAGGGCCAGAUCCACGGCGGUGUGGCGCAGGGCGUCGGUCAGAUCCUGGGCG